AUGUCGGGACCCCCGCCGCCGCUGAGCCGCGCAGACUCGUCCAAAGAUCACCGCCCGCUCCAGCCAAGCACGCUUCGACAGAGCCAUACGCCGCCGAGCCGCCCAGGCAGCGAAGACAGCAACCACGGCGACGUCUAUCCGUCUUCUACGGCGGUCGGCGGCCAGUUCAUGGGUGAAUCAACGCCGUUGAUACUGGGCUCCGAAUCGCGGGGCCGCAACAAUGGCACCUUUAGUCCGCGAGCCUCCUCGCCCAAUGGCCUCUUCAGCGGGAGCACCGACGACGGAAGCGAGUCGCUGGGGUCUGCGGGAAACACUGGAAUAUUUGGGUCUCUUUUGGGCGGCGAUGACUGGAAGAGGUGGCUCAAGAGGAGGAUGCGGACCACUAAGAUGGGCCACAGCAGUGAGCUUGCCGAGCAGGCAGGAUUCCGAGAUACGCCCUUCAUGUACCUGGCAUACUAUAUUCCGUGCCUGAACUGGAUCCAGCAGUACAAGCUAUCGUACCUCCAGGGCGACUUUGUCGCCGCUGUCACGAUGGCUUCGUUUUACCUCCCGAUGGCGCUCUCGCUUGCGUCCAACCUGGCACAUGUGCCGCCGAUUUUUGGCCUUUAUGGCUUCAUCUUCAACCCCUUCAUCUAUGCAAUGCUCGGAUCUUCUCCGCAAAUGGUUAUCGGCCCCGAGGCGGCUGGGUCUCUGCUCGUUGGCACCGUGGUGAAAGCUAGCGUGGACUCUGGAGGCGAAGGCUCAGAGGAAAACGAUGUUCUACAGGCUCAAAUCUGCGGCGUGGUAGGCGGCAUGGCGGGUGCUAUAGUUCUCAUUGCAGGCCUGGCUAGGCUGGGUUUCUUGGACAGCGUGCUGAGCAGACCGUUCUUGAGAGGCUUCAUCUCUGCCAUUGGUUUUGUCAUUGCCGUGGACCAGCUGAUUCCAGAGCUUGGCCUUGCAACCCUUGCGGAGGAGCUCGGCGUGAACCAUGGGAGCAGCGUCGACAAAAUCGGAUUCAUCGCCAGCAAUAUCGGCAAGGCCCAUAAACUAACCUUUGCUGUAGCGGGAGUGAGCUUCGUCGUCAUUAUGAUAUUUCGCGAGCUUAAGCGCCGUUUGGAAAAGAGAUUUCCUGGCGUAGCUUACUUCCCCGACCGAUUCCUCGUCGUCGUUAUCUCUGCUGUCUUGUGCUGGCAUCUCGAUUGGGAGGACCAGGGAGUUGAAGUUUUGGGAUCCGUAAAGGCUGCGUCUGGGGGCAUCUUUGAAUUUCGAUGGCCCUUUCAACUUGCCCAUAUGAAGCACAUCCGCUCGGCCAUGUCGACAUCUUUCCUCAUUGCUCUUCUGGGCUUUUUUGAGUCAUCUGUUGCCGCCAAGAGCUUGGGCGGGAGCUCCAUCCCUGGCAUCGAAUUGAGUGCCAACCGAGAGAUGAUUGCUCUUGGAACUGCAAACCUUGUUGGCUCCAUGUUCAUGGCUCUGCCUGCUUUCGGUGGCUAUGGACGAAGCAAAGUGAACAAAACGACUGGUGCAAAGACUCCAAUGAGUUCAGUAUUCCUCAGUCUCUUCUCGUUACUAUCUGUGCUGUUCUUAUUGCCAUAUUUCUACUUCUUACCGAAACCGGUUCUUUCAUCAAUGAUUUCAGUCGUAGCAUGGUCGCUGAUAGAAGAGGCGCCCCACGAUAUUUCAUUCUUUCUCCGCAUUCGAGGCUGGACCGAGCUGGGCCUUAUGGCAGCUAUCUUCCUCUCCACCAUCUUCUAUUCCCUUACCUUGGGUAUGGCUCUUGGCGUAGGAAUUUCUCUGCUUCUCGUCAUCAAGCACAGCACUCGUCCUCGCAUCCAGAUCCUUGGCCGCGUUCCCGGCACCAACCGCUUUGAGAAUCCCGAAUCCUUAGACUCACGAAUCGAGUUCAUUGAGGGAUGCCUUAUUGUCAAGAUCCCAGAGCCAUUGACGUUUGCCAACACUGGUGAACUAAAGGCGCGACUUCGACGAUUGGAAUUCUAUGGCACAGCGCUAGCGCAUCCCGCCCUACCGCGCAUCCGAAGCCUUGAUUCCAAUCGCAACAUCAUUUUCGACAUCCAUGGCGUGACCUCCAUGGAUGGUUCCGGCACGCAAGUGCUCGAGGAGAUUGUUCGAGACUAUCGAGAGAGGGGAGUGCGAGUCUUCUUCUCGCGCGCACCACACCACCGAGAUCACCCUGUGUGGAAGCUCAUGGAGAAGAGUGGAAUCGUUGACUUGUGCGGCGAGAGGCAUUUUGUCAACGAUGUCGAAGAGGCGCUACGUUUAACCGAGUAUGAAGACAGCGUCAUGACACAGUGA